UCAAAGAGUUUGCUGACGCUCUCGGCUACGGUUAUGUAGAUGAGGAAGACAUUAAGGAUGCUCAGUUUGCGGCAGAAGGGCGCAUUGAGCAUGUUCCGGAAUCGGACAGUAUAUCACGCGAGAAUGGAAGAAGCCGGGAAGUGAACAUCAAGCCGCGUGUUAAUCCUGCUAAUGGAACCGUCCGCUUAACAAAAGAAGACGGCACAGAUGAAAAACAUCUAACCGACGAAAUACAUAACCAUGGGGAAUUGCGCUAAACAGAAGACCAACACGGGCCGACGUUGGCAUGGAACACGAUCGAGGUUAAGAUUUUGCAUUACUGCAACUGAACGAACCCAUUAUCCGGAUGAUAGCAUCCGGGCGUGGCUCGACUGUAAAGUGAUACGGCGGACGAAUCCUUCAUCGCGCUUCUUCGAUCCACAGGCGCGUGCGUGCCGCGGAGAUGACAAUGGUGUCUCUGGGAUAAAAACAACAAUUCUUAUGCCUGCAUCCGACGGAGGCUCAAUGAAGACCAGCGGUCAGGCUCCAAAAAUGCCAGCCUUUAAAUUCCUUGUUUUUCAAAAUGUCGGCGCUGUGAACCAUCCAGAGUAAAUGACACCAAUUUGGAAGUGCCUACUCAUUAUUACAUGCCUUAUUUCUCUUUUAAUUGACACUUGACAGUGAAUCAACGCAUGGUUAUACCAUCUCAAACCAUUGGCUUCCGUCCAUUGAACUGUUGCACAGAUUGUAAAUUAAUACUGUACAUAUGUAUAUUGUAAUGGACCGGUGGCCUUAUAGCAAAUAAACUUUGUCAUUGGCUGAAUCCUUCCAUAUUUAUAGGUUUUGAAGCUGAAUGGUUUGUGAUUUCAAAACAGGCUGAACA